GGACCCGAACGCCACAGCGUCGUCUCUGAAUCCUGAUCACCGUCGCGAGCGGCAUCCGAAACCAAUGGCGCUCCUCUCGCCGAGCCCGCGCGCGCUCUACGUGCGGGAGGCCGCGGCGGCGGCGGCCUCGCCGCACCCGCACUCCUCAGCCUCUUCCUCGACCGUCGGCGGCGGGGCGGCCGGCCGGGGAGGCCUGUUGUGGCUGUGGCGCGGGACGGAGAGGAGGAGGAGGAGGGAGGCGGCCAGGACGGAGGCCUACUUCUGGGACGUGUCGAAGCCGGUGGAGAUGGAGGAGAUCGACAGCAUGGAGAAGCUUGACGACGCGCUCCAGUGGUCCGUCGAGAACAAGCAGCCCGUCGUCAUCGACUGGAUGACUAGUUGGUGUCGGAAAUGCAUUUACCUGAAGCCCGGACUGGAGAAGAUAGCAGGAGAAUAUCUAGGAGUCAGGUUUUACUUUGUUGAUGUCAAUAAAGUUCCACAAGCCGUGGUAAAAAGAGGGAAUAUAACUGUAAGUCAUCAAGUUCCAGAUUAUCUUCACAUUAUACAAAAGCCAACAACUAGUAUAUUCACAAGAAGAAAGAGCAAACGUGGUGUAAAGAACCAAAUAGUCCAGUGUUCAAAUUCAAUUCAAUCAAUAUAUCUACAGGAUUUCAGCUAA